AUGACCGUCACAUCUCCACCAACAUCCCCAUCGACGCCUUCGCGGAAGCGCAGGUCGCUCCGUUUGUCCAACGUCGACAUUCCGGCUCAAGAACCGACCUCGACCAGUUCCUAUACCAGUGGGACAACAAAUGGAACCGCUUACUCGAGACGGUCAUCCCGGACCUCGCAGACCUCGUACCAACCACGGUCUCCGGUGACGCCGCGGCCCAUGUCAUCCAAGUCCUCCAGGCCACCCUCCUUUUCGCAGCAACGUCGCUUGAGUAGGACAAGCAUACAUAGCAACAGGAGCGUAGAGCAGUUAGGCGACAGUGGCGCCGGGAACUUGGCCGACGAACUCGAACAGGCCUGGGAAGGAGAAGGCGAAGAAGAGGAGGGACAGCCGAAUUUCCUCGAGGGUCUAAGAGAAGGCGAUGUAGGUCCGGAUUCAUCCGUCCGUGAUCUCCAGAGCCCCUACGAAUUGAAUGACAUGCAUGAUUUCGGUUUUGGCAUGGUGAUGCAGAGUCCAGAUGGCCCGCAAUAUGAUGGGCAGUCUUCGACCUUGCAUGUUCCUCAGAAGACCAAGAACUCGACAUCACGAACAAACAAAAGACCUGGGCACCAAAGGCACGAAUCUGCAUAUGAUGGAUCAGAUUACGGCGUUGAUUCCGACAUGGAGGACCAAGAUGAUCUACCACCAAUUCUGAGGAAACGAAUCCGCGACAUCGAGAAUUUGACCCGCAUGUGUGUCAACCCUGAAGAUGCAGUGAGCGAGGGUGGCGGAACCAUCCGCAGGACAAUACAAGAAUUGAAAGAUCUCGGACCGCAGGGAAAUAUUGAGUACGGCGUGACUCGAUUGAUAACAGCAUAUACCUCGAUGGCCUCCCACCGCACACAUAAAACCCGUGAUCUGUUCAGCCAAAGCCACUCGCUCAUGUACGGCGGAACACUGAAUCUUCCCGAAGAGAUGAUCGACUUACUCCUCGACGAAGUCAACACGCUGAGCUCCACUCUCCCAUUUCUACGACCCCAGAAUCCGUUGCUCUCGCUCCAGAUUCUCGCAUCGCAAACCGACGAUCUCAGUCAGACGCUCCGCUCUCUGACAGAUUUGCUCCAAGAAUCCCGUUUGGCCGCCAACGCCGCGACACGAAAACUCAAGUCCGUCCGCGAUAUGGUUGAGGACAUGGGCCUAGAAGAGGAGCUUGUGGAGAACAGCAUUCUUCUUAUUCAAGCUGGCGACUGGGACCGACGAUGCAAAACCCGACAAGCAGCCAAGACGUGCCAGGAAGUAUGUGAAGGUUUCGCAGCUCGAUGGGGUCUCAGCAUGGAUAUUGACUUGACGUCUCCACCGGAGUCCGCAAGACAGAAGCCCCCCCCGGAGGUAUUGGUAUCGGUUUAG